ACCCGCCUGCGCAUGCGCGGCGACACUGGGCGGUGAGCGCGGCCAUGCGGAUCAUAUGGGACCAUUUGGUCCGCGCUUUCCGCAACUUCAACGUGGAGAACCGCGCGUUCCGCGUCCUCGACCGGCCCAAGCCCACCCCCGCGCCGCAGUACCCCACGGCCCGGCCCGCCAAGCCGCCCGAAAUCCAACAUGAAAUCCAGAAAAAAGACAACAGGCUUCUUGCCUUAUUAAAAAAUGUCUAUGUCGAUUCCAAGGAUCCACCCAUGGAAGUAAAAGUUGAAGGUGAAGGUCUCCCAUGUAAAGAGGAGGAAUACAGACUUACAAAACUAGGUCGUUAUAGUGCUCUAGAUAUUCACCGCGUUCCCAAAGGCAAAAUUUCUACUGUGGAGCUUUUGACUUUUCUUAAUAAUCAUAGACUGCAUCCUGAAACAUGGACUGCAGAGAAAAUAGCAGAGGAAUAUAGUUUGGACCUGAAGGAUGUCACUUCUCUUCUAAAAUACCUUGCUGUUUUUAAUAUGGAAAUUCCUUCAUCUGAAGAUAAAAAAUAUAUCAAAUCUACGUAAAAAUGGUUGCCAGAACUUGUUUAAUUUCUCUGGUGUUUUCAUUUUAAUCUUAAAAUGUAUCAUUUGUCCUGGAAUUUGUUGAAAUGUAACAAUAAGUUAUUUUAUUUAAAUGACUCCUACAUUUAUUUGGGCAAGCACAUUAAUUAUAUUUUGGCUCAUAAUCUACUUUACUCGUGUUAGAUUAGGAGGCAGUUGAAAUCUGCAAGAAACGUGGCAAUAUGUUAGGAUUAAUAAAUGACCUAUUCAAAUUAAUCCAAUUCUGGGGGAAAGAUUUAGUUAAAAAGAAAUUGCUACUUCCUUGUGAGAGAAUGUUUUUCAUUUGAUGACUUUGGAUGUUAGUUGAAUCAAUGAUAUAUUAACUUACUGUGAAAGUUUAUUCUUGUUUUUAUUGUUAUUUAUGUAACAUAGUUUGGGUAGGGUCACACAGAAUUUUCAAGCACAUAGAAAUUCUCUCCAAAUUAUCCAGCUUUGCAGUACAAACACCCUGUCUCAUUUUUAAGAUGAAAAAAUUUGCUGUUGGAUUCUAAGAGCAAAAGAAGGUGCUGAGGAAAUGCUUCUGCCCUUCUUUUUAAAACAUAAAAUAGUAAUGCCUGUACAGAAUGUUAUUGAAUGAAGCAAUAAUGCCAACUAUCCAUUCCAUUCUGGGUGGACCCAACUACCAUAGUUUUCUGUCCAGUUUCAAGCUACUUGCAGUUUUGUUUGGCACCUACAUCUAGGUAUGGCUUACCUCAUGACAUGGGUUAGUGCAUAGUUGUUAGUUUGGCUGGCUACUCUUUUCCAUGUCAUUAUCCGUGCCUGUUCUGCACUAUUUCCACUUCCCUAUAGCACCUGUGUACUCUUGUCUUGAGACAGUAAUGUAGACAACAGACUUCUUGCUAGGAAUCUCUUAUUGGUCCACAACCAUAAUGUUGUCACUGCACUGCCACACUGAAGGUAAACUGCAUCUUCUGCUUUUAGCCAAGCAUCAUCUCUGCUGUAAAAUUGGCAUAGGCUGACUGCAAGAUGUAAAGCUUUUGAUAGAGCAGAUUACUGCUUGGUGAUGUUCAUUGUUCACGUCUGUGUCAUUUAAAAGGAAGAGACAGAGUUGGGGUGGGGGUAACCUUGACCGUUUGUAGCUCAACUAUUGCAUUGUGGCUUCCUUGAAGUUUAUGGUCAUUAGUAUCUUUAGGAUUAAUAAUAUACCUUAAAUUUAUAAUUUACACCCUGAAGUGGGGAAAAUACCAAUAAGAGAAUAUAGGGCUUUUACUAAGCACUUAUUUUUACUGCAGAGUGCUUGACUUCUGACAUGCGAUAACAUUUACUAAAAAGACUUAAGAUCAAGUUUGCUGUUUCAGAGCAAUUUUCUGUUCAUAUGAAAAUGAAACCAAACCAUUCUCAGCAGAGAAUGCUGGAAGGCAAGUAAGAAUGUAUCAUGAAUGUAUACAUCACCUUUCCUAGAGAGAACCAGUUUCAAGUUAUUUGACUGUGGCCAACUGUUCAUUGUAUAAGAAUAUCAAGAGUUUCUGCACUGAUUAAAAGGGCCCCUCACUGUUCUCUAACUUUGAAUGGAGCUGGAACCUUGCUGGAGCUAGAAUGGAGCUAGAACUGGAAUGGACACAGCUAUUUUAUCAGCAGUGUGUUGGGUAUUAAGAUUUGUUCCUUUGUCCAUCAAGGACUUCUUAUCUAUGCUUAAAAUAUACUGUGACAAGAGUGUGUGUUUUCUGUUCAGGUGUUAUUCUAGGUAAUGUCAUUUGGCUCUCUCUGUCUUAUUAACCUGUAAAACUUUGCAGUAGCAUUCAAAAAGAGCACAUCUGUACUGGAUGUGUACUUUGACCUACAACCUCAGGGCUUUAAAGUGCUUUGCUGUGUAUUCUCACUUUAAAAGUGGCUUUCUCCUAUGUAUUGAAUGUUGUUGCUGUUGUAAAAAUUUGCCUCAAGAUAUGGCAUAUAAACCUCAAUAAUUUAUCACA